ACUGACCCUGAUGAUGUUGAUAGAGGAUUAAGGGGGAAAGGGACAAUGGUGAUAGUGUCCAAGCUUGAACUAGAUCAAGCUCAAUUAGUCGUGAUGAACAAUAAUGCAGAGGUUCAACCAUAUAUAACAUAAGUACCUUUUUUUUAUUAACAUUACUUAAGUCACGAUGAACAAUAACUUGAUUUACCUUACUUGUUUUACAGUGACCAUAUGGAGCUGUUACAAUCAAUGGUUCCAAGAAAUCAAAAAAAUAAACAAAAAUGGGUUGCAGACCAACAUCGUCAAACUUUCAUUGGGUGGUUAAGGAAUACCAUUAUAUCAAAGUUGAACGAACCGAAUCAUGGAGUAUCUGAUGUGUUGAGUCGUAUUGCCCUUGGACCAACUUUUGCGGUUGCAAAGCAUGAAGCGUACAUUGUAAGGGGUAAACGUUUUCAUACAAAGUCAAGAGAUGAUGCUCGAGAGGUUCAAAAUAGUGGUAUACGUAUUGUCGCAGAAACUAUGCACUUUGCAAGUGCAAAAGAUAGAAACCCUGUUUUAGGUACUAUGACGUAUUACGGGGUCAUUGAAGAAAUAUGGGAGCUCAAUUAUUUUGCGUUCCGAAUUCCACUUUUUAAAUGUUCUUGGGUUGACAACAACGUUGGAGUAAAAACUGACGAGCUUGGUUUUACUUUGGUUGAUUUAAGUAAGAGAGGAAGCAAGAAUGAUCCAUUCAUCAUGGCUAGCCAAGCAGCUCAAGUUUUUUACAUUUCUGAUCCGGCUAAUGAUAAAUGGUCUAUUGUUUUAUCGACACCAGAGAGGAGGUUCUUAGAGACUGAAGAGGAUGAGGAGAAUGCUGACUUAUGUUACGAUGACUUCAUUGCUGGACAACCAAUUCAUGAUCAACUUAUGGGAAUUGAUCGUAAUAUUGAAGAAGACGACGCUGAAUACAUUAGAAAUGAUAUCAAUGAGGGAAUAUGGGUCAAUUGUGAUUCAGGCAAACAUAAACAAAAAAAGAAAAGAAAACGUGUCUAAUUGGUAACUUGAUAUAUAGCUUACUUUAUAUUGUGGUUGUGAAUGCUCCUGAAUACUUAACAAUUUGUUUAUGCUUUUAAUAUUUCAUAUACACUACUUGUUAUAUAUAUAGCUAACUUUAAAGUUUGUUUGUUAAUGGUGUAGACAUGGCCAACUCAGAAUCAGAAUCUGAUUCAGGCGCAGAAAAUGAGUGUCCAACCCUAAUACCUACACGAGGGCCGACGCAGAUGAAUGAAAUAUCCGAACUAAUGGAUCAGGGAAAAAGAGUGGCCCUCGAGGUUAAUGACAAAGGACAAUACUGCGGGAAAAGCUAUGCGAAGCUCGUAUCCACUCUAGGAGUCAGAUGCCGGCAGACGAUAGGGUUGUCCUAUAAAAACUGGAAAGAAGUCAACCCGACUCUGAAAAAUAAAGUUUGGAAAGACAUACAGACGGGGUUCAUUGUGCCGGACUCCUUCAAACAUGAUUGUCUCAUCCUAGCUGGGAAGUUAAUGAAAGACUUCAAGAAUAGGAUGACAAAAGACAUCAUAAUGCCCGCUUUGAAAGAGAAGGAUCUGGGACGACUGGCACAAGUCCUUGAAAAGCACCCCGAGAUCGACGCUGCUAAUUGGUGCAAAUUUGUUGAAAGUCGACUAACUCCUGAAUUUAUGGUACGCUAAUUAUAUUAACACUAAGAUAAACUCUUAAAUACAAGUACAUGUAUCUAAUGUAUUUUUUUGGUAUUGUAGGAAUUGAGUAAGGUGUAACGUGAACGUUCCUCGAAAAUUCAAUCCAGACAUCGAAGUGGUCGGAGUGGAAUGGUGAACGUACGGGAAGCUGUGGUAAGUAAUGCUUAAAAUUUAAUGUGCUAUAAUGUGCUAUAAAAUUUAAUUGGUACUCAUUUCAUUGUUAUAACGUUAUGUAGAAAAAGGAUCUCGAAGUUGCAGAUCCCCCCCGCCACUGUGUUUGGAUUAAAUCUCGCACCAAGAGUCGAAAACUUGUCAGUGAUUACGACAAGGAAAUUGCAGAGAAGAUAGUAAGUAUAUAUUAAUCCUUAAUUGAGUUCUACUCAUGAGUUAGUGUAUAUAAUUCAUAUACUAAUUGCUUGAAUAUAUGCGUGCAUUAGGCUCAAUUAGAGGAGAAGCUUAGUCAGGGACAAAUUCAGGUCUAGGGCCAAAACGAUAUCCUGACGCAGGCGCUCGGGACACCAGAGCAUCCUGGACGUGUCAGGGUUGCUGGGUAUGCUAUUACUUGAAAUGUUAUUUAUUUAGUUACACAAAUAAAAUCGUAGCUAAUUUGCAUUUUAUGAUUUGUAGGUUCCUGACCAGGGCAUCUCAACUGUUCGGCAGGAAGAAAAUGGAAGUGUCUGAUGUUGUGGCUCGGCAAGUGAAGG